UUUAAAGAUUGUAUAGGAGCCAUCGAUGGUUCCUUGAUACCAAUCAUUGUAUCCUCAAAUCAAGCUGCUGCGCAUUGGACACGGAAGGGUUUUACAGCUCAAAAUGCAUUUGUUGCCUGUCCUUUUGAUUGUACAAUUGAUUAUGUGUUAGCUGGAUGGGAGGGGUCUGCUCAUGAUGCAAGAGUUCUUGCUGAUGCAAUUGGAAAGGGAUUUGAAGUUCCUAAGGGUAAAUACUACCUAGCAGAUGCUGGUUAUGGUAUUUCAUCUAGUUUUCUUACUCCAUAUAGAGGAGUAAGAUAUCAUCUAAAAGAACAGGUUAUUGGAAAUCAAGCGUCAGUAAACCUCUACCUUAUUUGAUUAAAAUAAAAUACAGCAAGUAUUUUUAAUAUUAUUAAUUACAGUUUCUAACUACUUAUUGAAUAUAGACCACAAAAUGAAAAGGAGCUUUUCAACUUACGUCACGCCUCUGCUCGCAACUGCAUCAAACGAACACUGCGAAUUCUUAAAGCACGAUAUACAAUCUUGAAAUCUGCUUCAGAUUAUGGUUGUCAAACAUCAGCAGAACUUUUUACAGCUCUGUAUUGUUUACAUAACUUUAUCAUUCGCAAUGGGGCCAGACUC